CAGGCGCCAAUUCUCGCGAUCUCCGAGGACGCCUACAAAUUACCCACAAUACCUGGUCCUUUCUCUCUACGCCAGCCCUUCAAGAUGCCGAAGGGAAAGAAGGCCAAGGGGAAGAAGGUGGCCCCGGCCCCGGCCGUGGUGAAGAAGCAGGAGGCCAAGAAGGUGGUCAACCCCCUGUUCGAGAAGAGGCCCAAGAAUUUUGGCAUUGGACAGGACAUCCAACCCAAGAGGGACCUCACCCGCUUUGUCAAAUGGCCCCGCUACAUCCGGCUGCAGCGGCAAAGGGCUAUUCUCUAUAAGCGGCUGAAAGUGCCUCCUGCAAUUAACCAGUUCACCCAGGCCUUGGACCGACAAACAGCUACUCAACUGCUUAAGCUGGCCCACAAAUACAGACCAGAGACAAAGCAAGAGAAGAAGCAGAGGCUGCUGGCCCGAGCUGAGAAGAAAGCCGCCGGCAAAGGCGAUGUCCCCACCAAGAGGCCACCUGUCCUUCGAGCAGGGGUCAACACGGUCACCACCCUGGUGGAGAACAAGAAGGCUCAGCUGGUGGUGAUCGCUCACGACGUGGAUCCCAUUGAGCUCGUGGUCUUCCUGCCUGCCCUGUGCCGCAAGAUGGGGGUUCCCUACUGCAUCAUCAAGGGCAAGGCCCGGCUGGGGCGCCUGGUCCACAGGAAGACGUGCACCACCGUAGCCUUCACGCAAGUCAACUCGGAGGACAAGAGUGCCCUGGCUAAGCUGGUGGAAGCCAUCAGGACCAAUUACAACGACAGAUACGACGAGAUCCGUCGUCACUGGGGAGGCAACGUCCUGGGGCCGAAGUCAGUGGCUCGCAUCGCCAAGCUGGAAAAGGCGAAGGCCAAAGAGCUGGCCACCAAGCUGGGCUGAGUGUGCACUAUGGAGUUUUCUGUACAUAAAAGUAAUAAAAAAGAUUCUCCUUCA